AUGGGGAUCUCCACAGUCAUCCUUCAAAUAUGUCUUUUAUUGGGUCAAAUUCUAUCUACAGCAACAUCAACAACGAGAGACACCACAGAUACUGCCUUCUGGGAAUUACUCAGCUCUGUUUCUGAGUCAGAUCCUCCCAGAACACGUGAUCAAGAGAAUUUCCAGACUAUAAACGAUGUUAUAUUUGCCACGGAGGAACUCUCAACAGUGGGCCCAACAGAAGGGAUCCAAUCGGGCUUGGCCCUGAGGCUGGUGAACGGAGGUGACAGGUGUCAGGGCCGGGUGGAGGUCCUCUACGGAGGCUCCUGGGGCUCCGUGUGUGAUGACGGCUGGGACACCAACGACGCCAACGUGGUCUGCAGGCAGCUGGGCUGUGGCUGGGCCGUUUCAGCCCCAGGAAGUGCCCGGUUCGGGCAGGGCUCAGGGCCCAUUGUCCUGGACGACGUGGGCUGCUCGGGGCACGAGACGUACCUAUGGAGCUGCUCCCACAGCCCCUGGAACACACACAACUGCCAACACAGCGAGGACGCCAGCGUCAUCUGCUCGGGAACCGAAUCGGGUUUGGCCCUGAGGCUGGUGAACGGAGGUGACAGGUGUCAGGGCCGGGUGGAGGUCCUCUACGGAGGCUCCUGGGGCUCCGUGUGUGAUGACGGCUGGGACACCAAUGACGCCAACGUGGUCUGCAGGCAGCUGGGCUGUGGCUGGGCCGUUUCAGCCCCAGGAAGUGCCCGGUUCGGGCAGGGCUCAGGGCCCAUUGUCCUGGACGACGUGGGCUGCUCGGGGCACGAGACGUACCUAUGGAGCUGCUCCCACAGCCCCUGGAACACACACAACUGCCAACACAGCGAGGACGCCAGCGUCAUCUGCUCGGGAACCGAAUCGGGCUUGGCCCUGAGGCUUGUGAACGGAGGUGACAGGUGUCAGGGCCGGGUGGAGGUCCUCUACGGAGGCUCCUGGGGCACUGUGUGUGACGACAGCUGGGACACCAACGAUGCCAACGUGGUCUGCAGGCAGCUGGGCUGUGGCUGGGCCGUUUCGGCCCCAGGAAGUGCCCGGUUCGGGCAGGGCUCAGGGCCCAUUGUCCUGGACGAAGUGGGCUGCUCAGGGUACGAGACUUACCUGUGGAGCUGCUCCCACAACCCCUGGAACACACACAACUGCCAACACAGCGAGGACGCCAGCGUCAUCUGCUCAGGAACGGAAUCGGGCUUGGCCCUGAGGCUGGUGAACGGAGGUGACAGGUGUCAGGGCCGGGUGGAGGUCCUCUACGGAGGCUCCUGGGGCACUGUGUGUGACGACAGCUGGGACACCAACGAUGCCAACGUGGUCUGCAGGCAGCUGGGCUGUGGCUGGGCCGUUUCAGCCCCAGGAAGUGCCCGGUUCGGGCAGGGCUCAGGGCCCAUUGUCCUGGACGACGUGGGCUGCUCGGGGCACGAGACCUACCUAUGGAGCUGCUCCCACAGCCCCUGGAACACACACAACUGCCAACACAGCGAGGAUGCCAGCGUCAUCUGCUCGGGAACCGAAUCGGGCUUGGCCCUGAGGCUUGUGAACGGAGGUGACAGGUGUCAGGGCCGGGUGGAGGUCCUCUACGGAGGCUCCUGGGGCACUGUGUGUGACGACAGCUGGGACACCAACGAUGCCAACGUGGUCUGCAGGCAGCUGGAAUGUGGCUGGGCCGUUUCGGCCCCAGGAAGUGCCCGGUUCGGGCAGGGCUCAGGGCCCAUUGUCCUGGACGAAGUGGGCUGCUCAGGGUACGAGACUUACCUGUGGAGCUGCUCCCACAACCCCUGGAACACACACAACUGCCAACACAGCGAGGACGCCAGCGUCAUCUGCUCAGACGUCAGCUUGAGAUUGGUGAAUUGGAACUCUUCCCGUCCCACAUGUGCUGGGCGUGUGGAAAUCUACCAUGGUGGCCAGUGGGGAACAGUGUGUGAUGACAACUGGGACAUUCAAGAUGCCCAGGUGGUGUGCAGACAGCUGGGCUGUGGAUCUGCAGUCUCAGCCCCAGGAAAUGCCUACUUUGGCUCUGGCUCUGGCCCUAUCACCUUGGACGACGUGGCGUGCUCAGGGGCAGAGGCUAACCUCUGGCAGUGCCGGAACCGAGGCUGGUUCUCCCACAAUUGUGGCCACUAUGAAGAUGCUGGAGUCAUUUGCUCAGGAGGCUGGGCCCCCCUGCGGCUGGCAGGCGGCCACGGGAGCUGUGCCGGCCGCGUGGAGGUUUUCUACCAGGGCGCCUGGGGGACGGUGUGUGACGACCUCUGGGACCUGCUGGAAGCAAACAUUGUCUGCCGACAGCUGGGCUGCGGCUGGGCCGUGGAGGCCCCAGGCGAGGCCCACUUUGGGGAAGGUUCCGGAAAGAUCCUCCUGGACAACGUGCAGUGCAGGGGGCAGGAAGAGCACCUGGAGGAGUGCUCCCACACUGGCUGGUUUGCCCACAACUGCGGGCACGGGGAGGAUGCUGGCGUGGUCUGUUCAGGGGACUGGCCGGAGCUGCGGCUGGUGGGCGGCUCAGGUCGGUGCUCAGGACGCGUGGAGGUCCUGCACCGGGGGGCCUGGGGCACCGUGUGCGACGACCUGUGGGACCUGAACGAAGCCGAGGUCGUGUGCCGGCAGCUGGGGUGCGGUCGGGCCGUAUCCGCCCUCGGGAAGGCCCACUUUGGCCCAGGUUCUGGAGACAUCUUCCUGGACAACCUGCAGUGCGCCGGGGCGGAGCGCUACCUGGGCCAGUGCGCCCACUCGGGCUGGUCGGAGCACAACUGUGGCCACCACGAGGAUGCCGGGGUCAUCUGCUCAGGGGACUGGCCGAAGCUGCGGCUGGUGGGCGGCUCAGGUCGGUGCUCAGGACGUGUGGAGGUCCUGCACCAUGGGGCCUGGGGCACCGUGUGCGAUGACCUGUGGGACCUGAACGAAGCCGAGGUCGUGUGCCGGCAGCUGAGGUGCGGUCAGGCCGUGUCCGCCCUCGGGAAGGCCCACUUUGGCCCGGGCUCUGGAGACAUCUUCCUGGACAACCUGCAGUGCGCCGGGGCGGAGCGCUACCUGGGCCAGUGUGCCCACUCGGGCUGGUCGGAGCACAACUGUGGCCACCACGAGGAUGCCGGGGUCAUCUGCUCAGGUGAGUCCCUGAGGCUGGGGGAUGGCAGUCACAGAUGUGAGGGUCGGGUGGAGGUCUCCUACAACGGCACCUGGGGCACCGUGUGCGACGACAGCUGGGACCUGACGGACGCCAGGGUCGUGUGCCGGCAGCUUGGCUGCGGCGAGGCCUUGUCGGCCCCGAAGCAGAGCCACUUUGGUGGAGGCACCGGCCCCAUCAUCCUGGACAACGUGCAGUGCGCGGGGAGUGAGGCCAGGGUGUGGCAGUGCCCACACAGUGGCUGGUUCUCCCACAGCUGCGGGCACCACGAGGACGCGGGUGUCGUCUGCUCAGACGCGGUGCUCAGGCUGGCCAAUGGAAGCCAGCCCUGCGAGGGCCGCGUGGAGCUGCACUUCAACGGCAGCUGGGGGACCGUGUGUGAUGAUGGCUGGGACCUGCAGGACGCCGAGGUGGUGUGCCGGCAGCUGAGCUGUGGCCGAGCAGUGUCAGCCCCCGGGAGGGCGAGAUUCGGCCGAGGCCUGGGCUCCAUUGCCCUGGAUGACGUGAAAUGUGUGGGGACUGAAGCCAGGCUGUGGCAGUGUCUGCACGGCGGCUGGUUCUCCCACAACUGUGGCCACCACGAGGAUGCUGGCGUCGUCUGCUCAGGUCUGGGCCUGCGGCUGGCCGAUGGGUCAAGCCGGUGUGAGGGCCGAGUGGAAGUCUGCCAUGCCGAUACCUGGGGCACCGUGUGUGAUGACAGCUGGUCCAUCGAGGAUGCCCACGUGGUCUGCAGGCAGCUUGGCUGUGGCCAGGCCGUGUCUGCCCUCCCGGGAGCCAGAUUCAGCCCUGGGGUGGGCAGCAUUCUCUUGGAUGAUGUCAACUGCACGGGCAGCGAGUCCUCCCUGGCGCAGUGCCCUCACAGCGGCUGGUUCACCCACAACUGCGGGCACCAUGAAGACGCUGGCGUCAUCUGCUCAGACCUCCGCCUGGUGGGCGGGCGCAGCCGCUGCGAGGGCCGGGUGGAGGUCCGGCACGAGGGCGUGUGGGGCACGGUGUGCGACGACCACUGGAGCAUCAGGGACGCCCGCGUGGUCUGCCGCGUCCUGGGCUGCGGGCGCGCGCUGGGCGCCCUGGGGCGCGGCCGCUUCGGCCCGGGCUCGGGGCCCAUCCUGCUGGACGACGUGCGCUGUGCGGGCACCGAGGACGCGCUGGGGCGCUGCGCCCACGCGGGCUGGGCGCGCCACGACUGUCAGCACCGGGAGGACGCGGGCGUGGUCUGCGCAGGUGCAGCUGACUCUGUGGUACCCAAGGAUAACGCCCAGCUCUCCUGCUGGCCUCACCUUUUCCAAGUUGUCAUUGACCGAGGCUACCUCCGGAGGCUGGGCUACUCGUCCUGGGACAUCCACUUAAAUGAUGAGCUGUGUCGCCCCCGAGUCACAGGGCGCUACCUGAUCUUCAACAUUCCCUAUGGCCACUGUGGCACCAUCAGACAGGAAAGCCGAGGCUCCCUCAGCUACUCCAACUCCAUCAGAGGCCGAACCAGGGGCCACCCCGGCCGAGUCGUCGUGCGGCACAGGGUGCCUCGGCUCAAGUUCACCUGCAGGGUGGACAGCCCGUCAGCAGUGGAAGUUGUCCCUGGGGAGAACGCUGGCUACGAUGUGUCCAUAUCGUUCCUCGAGUGGUCCCCGUCCCAGCCUGGAGAAAACACAGGGCCACACGUCGCCAGCCAGAGGAAAGAGGUCUUCCUCCAGGCCACGCUCCACAGCCCUAACCCCAGCCUGCAGCUCUUUGUGGAUAGCUGUGUGGCUUCUCCAGACCCCAGUGAUUUUACAACUGUCAAGUAUGAUUUGAUCCAGCAAGGGUGCAUCAAAGACAAUACUUACAUCAACCUGCACUCCCGGCAAAAGAAUGUAGCCCGAUUCAAGUUCAACAUCUUCAGCAUUCUCACCAGCUAUGACGUGAUCUAUCUGCAGUGUAAGAUCACCAUCUGCAAAGUGGGGGACCAUUCCUCCCGCUGCCCCCAGGGCUGUGCAGGGCGGAGCAAGAGGGGCACAGGCCUCAGGAAGGCCACAGGAGAGCAGACUGAGCAUUUCCAAAUAGUGGGACCGCUGCAGAUCCACAAAGGAGCUGAUCAGAGAAAGACUCAUGGGUGA